AUGGUCGAGAUCGAGCAGAAAACGGGCGGUGGCAACGCUGCCUACCACAACUUCCACAACGACUUUGUGCAUAUCCAGGACCCCAACGAGCGUCGUCGUCUCGCGCUCGCCGAGGUCGACAAGGCGCCCUUUGGCUGGUAUCAUGUGCGGGCGAUUGUGGUGGCUGGCGUCGGUUUCUUCACCGACUCGUACGACAUCUUCUGCGCCUCUCUGCUCACCACGAUGCUGGGCAUCGUCUACUUUCCCGGGAAGGGUGCCAUGCCCGUCUCCUCGGACACGGCCAUCAAGCUGGCCACGUCCGCUGGCACGGUCAUCGGACAGGUCUCCUUCGGCGUGGCUGCCGACAUUCUCGGUCGCAAGAAGAUGUACGGUCUUGAGCUCAUCAUCAUCAUCUUCGCCACGCUCGCCCAGGCUCUGACGAGCAGCUCUGCGUCCAUCAAUAUUGUCGGCGUCAUCAUCUUCUGGCGUGUAAUUAUGGGCAUUGGUAUCGGCGGCGACUACCCGUUGUCUUCGAUCAUCACGUCUGAGUUUGCGACGACCAAGUGGCGAGGUGCCAUGAUGGGUGCCGUGUUUGCCAUGCAGGGUCUCGGCCAGCUGACGGCUGCCUUUGUCAUGCUCUUCGUCACGCUCGGCUUCAAGGAGUCGCUGGAGACGUCGACCAAGACGGCCAACUGCACGGGCGUCUGCGCCGUUGCCGUGGACAAGAUGUGGCGCACGCUGAUCGGCUUUGGUGCCGUGCCCGGCUGCAUCGCGCUGUACUACCGCCUGACGAUUCCGGAGACGCCUCGCUACACCUUUGACGUUGCGCGCGAUGUGGAGAAGGCCGACGACGACGUCAAGGCCUACAUGAGCGGCAAGCGUGAGGGCAACCCCGAUGAGAUCUCACGCAUUGCCGCCCGACAGGCUGCGUCCGAGCAGCUCGUCGUCAACAAGGCUGGCUGGCGGGACUUCCUGGACCACUACUCGCAGUGGAAGAACGCCAAGACACUUGCUGGUACUGCCCUCUCGUGGUGCUUCCUGGACAUUGCCUACUACGGGCUAUCGCUGAACAACGCCACCAUCCUGAGCGUCAUCGGCUACUCGACCUCGGGCACGCACAGCACGUACCAGUACCUGUACAACACGGCGGUCGGCAACCUGAUCAUCGUGCUGGCCGGCGCCGUGCCGGGCUACUGGUUCGCCGUGGCGACUAUUGACACCGUCGGCCGCAAGCCGCUUCAGUUUGGCGGCUUCGCCAUCCUGACUGUGCUCUUCAUCGUCUUCGGCUUCGGCUACAACCAUAUCUCGUCGCACGGCAAGCUCGCCAUCUACGUGCUGGCCCAGUUCUUCUUCAACUUCGGUCCCAACACGACUACGUUCAUCGUGCCCGGCGAGUGCUUCCCGACACGCUACCGCUCGACCUCGCAUGGCCUCUCGGCCGCGCUGGGCAAGAUCGGCUCCAUCAUCGGCCAGGGCGCCAUCGCGCCGCUGCGUACGCGCCAUGCCACGGCCAAGAACAAGAACCCGUGGAUGAACCACGUGAUGGAGAUCUACGCCCUCUUCAUGCUGCUCGGCUGCUUCUCCACCCUGCUGAUUCCCGAGACGAAGCGGAAGACGCUCGAGGAGCUGGCCGGCGAGGACAUCCAUGUGGCGCCCUCCGACGGCGGCGUCGUCUCCGAGGUCAAGACCGACUCCGAGACAUAG